AGCGGAAGGACCCGUAGGCAGUAACGGAGAGAGUACCAGAGUAUGAUGAGAUGAGGAUCCAUGCACAGCACGGAGCUCCGGGGGCGUGAUGUAGGCUGUGUGCUCGGGGUGGGCGCUGACAGGCUGCUGGACCGGUCGCUCCUCUCCGGCCCUCUGCAGCCGGCUGGCGGCUCAGCUCUCCGGCAUCCCGGUGCUCCCUCCUUCAUGCAAGACAGAACGGUCCCGGGAAGCUCCAGUAACGCGAGCUCCAAUGGUUUUUGCUCCUGUAUCUGCACUGGACCCCAGAAACAGGGCAUGGAUAUAUCUGAACUGGAGUUUGUUCAGAUAAUAAUAAUCCUGCUCGUGAUGACCUUCAUGAUAGUCGUGAUCAUCUGCCUACUCAACCACUAUUGGCUGCCAGCCCUGGCUUUCCUCAGCAGGCUCAGCCACACCCAGCGAGACCAGGCCACACAAAUAGAUGGCAGUGUGUGGUCAGACAGUGUCCUGACUCAGCAGAGAAAUGGUGAAGUGAUGUGUGGCCAUCUGAACAGCAACCUGCCACCCUUCAUGCAGCAGCAGCAGCAGCAGAGACUGUGUCGCUUCCAGCCCACCUACCCCUACCUGCCGCAGGAGAUCAUCAACCUUCCCCCCAUCAUCUGCCUGUCAGAUGGGGAGGAGCUGCUGCCCUACAAGGGUCCCUGCAGCUUACAGCUCCGCCACCCAGAGCAGCAGCUGGAGCUGAUCCGAGCCUCCGUGCGCGCUCCCCCGAACCGGACCGUCUUUGAUGGUGACCUCAUAGACGUUUAUAUACACAGUAAGAGUGUGCAGGCCCCCAGCAGUAACUCUGGAACCGGUGAUGCCGAUUCCAGGAUUGAGGGUCCCCCACCCUCUUACAGUGAGGUGAUGAAGGACUACCCGGGCUCUACAGCCUGUUACAGCCAGUAUAGCAAUAAUGACCGCCCAGAGACAACAGGUUAAGACAUGACAGCCCACAGACACUAUACAACACUGGCAGCAGUGGCCCUGAAAGCACAACAAAGGCCUCCACUGAAUUCGGGCCCUGACACACCAGACCGACUGUCGACUAUCGGUCAAUGUCAGGCUGUCAGUGAGCGUUCAUCGCUCUACUUUUUGCCGUGUGUCCCACACCAUUGGCCCUAGUUGGCCCUUGUUGGCGGCUUUUUGGCCGAUUCAGCACGUUGAAGCCUGUUGGUCAGUGAGAUGCCUCUGAUUGGCAGUUCACUCGAGGUUCAAGGUUCAAAGUUCGGUUUAUUGUCAUUUUAAGGUGUUAAAAACAAAGGUCUCCUAAGUCCACAACCAUCUCCUUAGUCUUCCCCCCAGUGAUGCAGAGACUGUUUGCUCUGCACCAGUCCACGAGUUCUUCCACCUCCUGCCUGUACACAGACUUGUCGUUGUUGGAGAUUAGUCCAACCACAGCCGUGUCAUCUGCAAACUUCACUGUAUGAUCGCUUGGGGACCUUGCAGAGCAAUCGUGAGGAGCGUGUACAGCAGGGGGCUCAGGACACAUCCCUGUGGGGAGCCAGUGCUGAGUGUGAUGGUGGAAGACUGUGGCCUGUUUGUCAAAAAGUCCAGAACCCAGUUGCAGAGAGAUGGUUUUAGUCCCAACAGCAGCCGUUCAGUGCACGAGAAGAGAAAGGGAAGUGAGGAAAGUAAACAAACAACUAAAGUCAAGAGGGCGUGAGAUCACAACAAACUCUUCAGCAGAAGUGGUUUGUAUUUGUUUGUGUUAUUGUUCGCUGGGGCAGAGUUAAUACCCUUUGUCCUUUCAAAAUCAGGUUGUGUUGCUAAUGUGCUUCUUGGCUAACCAGCAUUUUGAAUCCAUCCUGUUGGUCUUCCGCUUUUCCUUUUUUAAUGACGAAUACAAACCACUGCGGUCUGCUGCUAUGAAGAGUUUUGUCCUCUCAUGCAGGUGCAAAACAUACAUGCUGUCCUCUGGCCAUUGUCUUUGCUGUGAGUUCAAGUGCAACUUUUAGGCCGGGAUACAAGGAUGUGAGGCUACGCAGCAGUAGGCCUUCAUUGCCACUAGUUCUUUGAUGUCGGUUUGGUGUGUCUGGGCCUUUGAACAAGCUUAAACAGCUAAAUGAAGUAUGAGAGAGGAAGAAGAGGAGCUGAUAUAUGCUUAACAAUUCUUCAGUCACCUGAGGGGAGAGCAGUAUUUCUGUCUUAGCUUUACUGCCACACCAAACAUGAACUAAUUCCAGGAGCUGAACUGUUUUUAUGUAAUAUUAAAGUUGCAAGAUUUUUUUAUUAGGUAAUAUAAAUGUAUGCUUCGGAUGUCUAAUUUUUUGUCCUUUUCAUUUCUACAUGUUGACAAUGUUCUGACUCUGUUGCAAAGAAGACAGAGCCCAGUCAUUUGACAGUAGGUGAUUUACUGUUUAGAGUUACCAGACCUGUGCACAAACCCCUCAUAAAUCCAGAAAUGAGUUACCAGUCAUGGGCACAGACUGUAGGAUGUAAGUUAAGCAAAACCUAAGUUGCACUAUAAUUUAAAAGCAGAGAGUGUUUGUGUUUUAGAAGCUCCUAAGAUCAGAAUAUUUUUUUCCUACAGAUUAAACUGUGAGCCAUUUUUCUCUUUCUGUUUACACUGCUGAGAACAUGGUCCAUGUGCUCUUUGUUUGGAUGUCACCUUUUGAGAAUGGACUGACACCAGGGCUGAAACAAUUAACCAUGAAUGAUUCUUUUUUAUUAUUGAUAUAUCUGUUCAUUAGUUAGUCAGUUGUAUUCCAACACCCAGGCAAAUGAUUAACAGCUGAUUAUCAAAACCGAUUAAUUAACUUAUUUUUGUUUCAGCACAACUGCUGUUAGCUUGCUAGCAGUGUCAGGUUUCUGUACAGUUCUGCACUUUAAUGUUUUUUUGUCAGUACAGUUUGCACUUACUGUAAGACCACAUCGAAAACCUCGCACUGUAUAGCUACAGUAAUGCACUGAAAGAUUCAGUUUUAAGAUUUUAAAUUCAGUAUGAGCAGAACUGACCUCAUUACACACCCUCCAGCUACACACCGGUGCACAUAGAAUUUAGGGGAGCUUCUCCUAAAUGAUGUUAUUUUGAAAUUGGCACUCCAUAAACAUUCAGAGAUAUUUUAUAUAUUUGCUGGUAACCAGAACCGGUGAUUUAUUAUUAUAAUGUUUUAAUAUUCUGUUAACAGAUAUGUAUUUCAAAAACAUGACGUUUUCAUCAAAGCACUCAAAACGCCUGACAUCAUCAGCAGAUGAUGAUAAAGUUGAUAAAGUCUUGCUGUCAUUAAACAUGUCCAAAGUUAUUUAAAUUCAUGAAGAAGGUUCGUCUGUUUACUGUGGAGGCAUGUGUGAAACAAUUACGUUUUCUUUAGUUCUCCAUGAAUUCAAGGUAACACGUGGUGAUUAACUGAUAUACAAAUAGUCAUUUUGUGGUAUUAAUUCCUUAAAGAAAUCCCACACACUUUGCAGACUGAAUAAAAUCGCAAUAUCUUUGCACAUGGACAAAAUGCUUUUUUAUGCUUUUAAGACCUGAUGUUAUGGAGCCAUGCUUGUUUGUGGGAUAUGCCUCGGAUGCACCCACAUAAAAAUAUGUAUUUUAUAUUUAUUAGAUGCUGCAGCUAGAGGAAACAUUUGGCAAAGCCUGUAAUAAUUUCUUAACGUUGGAGCAGAAUUUGAAUUUGAACCACACUUGAGGGAGUUUUACCAUAAUCUCCCAGAGUAGCCUGGACUGAGACUUGAUGCUGUGUCUGUCUUUAUGUGUCUGAUUCAGAGAAUGAAGGUUACAUGUUGUCUUUACUGCUCCGGCUACAUACAUGCUGCAGCUGUCAGUGUUAGUACUUUUCCAAUUUCACGUGUUGAAAUUAUUUAGGAAAAAAUAUUGAAAGAUGACUUUUGUUCUGUUUUAAUAUUUCCUUUAAAACAAGCUCUUUUGCUCUUGUAAUUUCCAGUUUACAGUUUUUCUGACUUGUUUUCAGGAGGGUUUGCAUGUUACAUGAAUAUGAGCUAACUCGGUGCCUGAUGGUGACAACUGCAUCAGCCACAGGAAACCACUUGCACUUAAGAAAAACCCACCUCUGUUGUGCCUCACUUCCAAUGGUGCUUUUUCAGCAGUCUGACUCUUGAGUCUUGAUCUGUAAAGGACUGUAUAUAAACUUAAUAUAUUAUGCACAUGCUCUACCCAGGAGGUAGAAAAACCACAAGAGAACAUGGUUGAAACUGUAAUGAUGUAAACAUUAAAGCAAAGGGAAUGCA